AUGGCGACGACAGUCGAGCAUGACAUUCGCCGCCAACGCCGAAACGCAGUGGCUGGGUUCUUUUCGACGGCUAGUAUUCGCCAACUUGAGCCCAUCAUUCAAGCUACCAUGAGUAGGCUGCUAGAAAGACUGGAGGAGACAGCGCAAGCAGGCUCUCCCCCGGUGCCGAUACACCAUAUCUUCAAAGCCUGCACUAGCGACGUGAUCAACAAAUAUGCCUUUGGUGAGUGCUUUGCCUUCAUGGAACGGGCCGACUUCGGGAAGUCCUAUUUCAAUGCCACCGACAUGUUCUUUGGGCUGAAUCACAUCAUGAUUUUCUUUCCAUGGUUCGCGACUUUGAUGCAGAAGACCCCAGGGUGGUUUGUCAAGGCCAUAAUGCCAAAUGUGGCGGAGCUUGUGGACAAGAAAUCUUGGUGGAUUGAUCGAGUUCGCGAGAUCAGAAACUCCCCAAACCCCGAAAGGAUCAAGAGCACAAUUUUUGAGGGUAUUCUCAAUAGUAAUCUGCCCGCUGCCGACAAGACAGAUACCCGGUUGGCAAGUGAACCUCAACUUGUCAUCUUCGCUAGCGAGGGUACAACAGCAUUCACACUCACUGCUGCGAUGUAUGAGAUUCUGGCUAACCCUGCUGUGCUUGAGCGUCUCAAAGCCGAGCUCUGCACAGCAGUACCGGAUGAGGAUUCUAUCCCAUCGUUCUCCCAAGUUGACGGGUUACCUUUCCUCAAUGCUGUGAUACAGGAGGUCAUCCGCCUGCACCCGGGAGUCAUGGACCGCCAGAUGCGUGUCCCUGCCAGCCAGCCAGUCAUAUACCAGGAUAAGAAUAGAUCUGGUCGUGAAUAUGUUGUGCCGGCCGGGUUUCUUGUGAGCAUGAGUCCUCUGUGUUUGCAUUUGAAUCCAGAUGUAUACGAAGAUCCAUACGUAUUCCGCCCACAACGCUGGAUCGACAAUCCUCAACUGGCACGUGCAUUCUUAGGGUUCUCAAGAGGAACUCGAUCUUGUGUUGGGAUGAAUUCGGCUCGUCGGGAAAUGGCCAUCGUUUUGGGGACGCUGUUUCGCAGGUAUGACUUAUACCAUGGAAAGCCCGGCCGUACACUCGAGCUGUACGACACUGAGCGAGCCAGAGAUGUUGAUGCUAACUUUGACAUGAUCAUUCCAGUCCCUGCCAAGGGAAGCAAGGGAGUACGCAUCAGGGUUAGAAACUAG